AUGACUUCAAAUAGAGAUGAGUUGGAUGAAGGAGACUUGGACUUGAGUUUCGAAUUUCAAGGAAACCGAUAUUUCACGAUCGACGAAUAUAUGGAACAGUGUAGAGCCCAACGUGUACCCCUCGCCUCCAUGACCACUGACUCAUCAACGUUAGGCGAUAAGGAGAAUCGGAGUGACGUCGACGACUGCGUUAAACUAGGUCCGGAGCGAGAUGUAUCGUCGUCAUCCCGUGUUGGUGGUCCACUUUGUCUACUUUCUGGGUCCGCAACCUGCUUUGUUCCCUCCGCGAUAAAAGCCUCACAGGAGAACAUAGUAGCAGAACUUAGUCAUUCUCGACCUUCUCAACGUGCCUCUGCUUCAGCCGUAGAAAAAGUUGAUGGUCGCCACCAUCAGCAGGAGGUGUCGGCGGAAGUUCCACCACCGAAAAAGAAAAGUCCACCACUGAGCUAUACGGAUGACGACGAUGAUGACGACGACGACCAUGACACUUGUCUAGUCAAGAAGACGGAAGAUUCCCACCUCAAUGCCGAUGACGAGACUGAGAAGAAGGAGUGGGAGGAGUGGAUUGUGAAGAAGCACAACGAGAUUGUUGGAUUCUUCGAGAAUGACGCUCAUAUCGAGGAUGGAGUAGUUACACGUCUAAUUUUGGAGGAUGAUCCAAUUUCUGGAAGAGUUGUUGAAGUCAACCCAGGCAUAAUGGCGGAGCUCCUCCCUCAUCACUUUCGUGGCAUAAAGUUCAUGUAUGAAACUUGCUUUGGGGGCUUCGAACAAGAAGCACGAUAUCACUCUGACAUGUUCACUUUGGAUUACCUCAUUGGACCUGGGAGAGAGACACAAGUCGCAGCGUUCGCGCAGGCAGUACUGAAAAACGAGCCGCGACCGGGACUUACGACAAUCCUUCUCCUCUGCCCCCUUCUCAAGAGAGAAAUUUGGUCAGAUGAAAUUCACAAGGUUUUUGAAAAUGUUGACCCCGACCAGAGACCUUUAAUUCAUGACUUGUGGGAAGGAGAGGAUAUCAAAGUGCAAAUCAAUUCUUUGAAGCUGUGGACCAGUCAGGGAGGAGUCGGGAUUCUGGACUUUGAUCUGUUCCAACAAUUGGACGAGUACUACGUGGACGAUGAUGACGACGACUCUCGGGAAGUUAUUAACAAUAGCCUCUUCACUCCUGGUCCAGCAAUUGUGUUUUUGGAUUUUGAAAGCAUUGAUAAAAGAUUUGUUAAGAAGAAGUAUAAAGGCCUCGUGAAAAUCACCACUACCCGACAGAUAGUGUUACCGGACUUGUAUUCAAACGACCCAAUCCAGCACAUCAAUCGUGUUAUCUUUAGAGAUUGGCUGUCAGUUACCACCAAUGGUUUCUUCGAUGACCAUGAAAAGAAGUUUUUGUGGUUGUGCGAUUUGGUUGACUAUCAUGCCAAAAAACAAGUCCAUUGGGUUCAGAAGAAAGGAUUCGCCACUACACAGAAUGGCGGAAAAAAUUUGUUCCUCAAAUCCAUCUUUCCAAACCAGUGGAGAAACUCACUUUCAAAUCGCGCUAAAAAAGACCAUGCAACUCCAGAGAGGCGAGAUAAAUUCAAAUUGUACAUGAAUGAACUAAGAAGCAACACGCCAAGCACCUAUGUCCUCUACAUAUUAGUGAUUUCUCCAAUAAUUGGACCCCUGACGGUUGCACAUCUGUGUAACCCAGACAGCGACAUGGUGAUCUACGUAGGUGAGUGGGACUCAUCAAAUCGCGGUGUCCACAUCACCUGCCGACAAUCACAUUUUUGUAACCCAGACUGUAUAGUGUAUAAACUAACGAGCGACCCCAAAAACCAGUACAACGAGGUGUUGGCACAGCAGUGCUUAAAUCAGUUUGCUGCUCACUUUGGAGAAGCUUUUCUUCUGUAUUAUGCGGACGAAUGGAAUCAGAAGAGUCCAGAGAAGCCCAAAUUUAUCAUGACCUCCCCCGAGGUGAAGCAUUUGGAUGAGAAUGGCGUUUUGGAAGAAAAAGCUAGAAAGAUGGCGAGGGACGGGAUUUGGAUCUUUUCCGUACUUGAAGAGGAUGCACAGCCACACCCACCACAACACGCGAAGUUUGAUGACAUCUGCCACAUUCCAUUUGGCAUCAAACCUAGCUACAUUAAACGAAGAGUGAUCCCGGGAUUGGGACAGGGAUCCAAUUAUUGGAAUACUUAGACUAAAUAGUACAGGUUCUAUUCCCGCAUCUGCUUCUGGCUGUCUGUUGUACUCAUUACUUCAGGGAGUAAAAUAUAGAUGCAAAAGUGAUAAGUGUGACGCGAGUCGUACUCUUCCACACUGUCGAGCUAAUAGCGAGGUCUUUGGAACUUAAUAGUUUUCGAGAUACCAAUGGCUUGAACAUACUUUUUUCUGAUUUGUGAACUCCUUUAACUAGGAUUAGUUGUUGUAACGUGUGGCAUUAAUCGUAUGUUAAAGGAUAUGCUGGUAUUUAUCAUUAAAUACUUAUGUAGUUGUUGAUGAGUGUUCAGUUAAAGUUCUACAAUGUUAGGAUCCUUUCUUAAAACUUAUAUACGCGAUACACACACUGAUAUGUUAAAUAAAGUUGGUAUUACAUAAUGUUAAA